AAAAUCUUGGUACAGAUUUACUUGUAUUAUAUCAAGUAUUUUGUACGUUUCAUGCUCUCUAGAGGAGCGGUCUCCAAUCUUUCUGACCUGAAACAUGAAUACUAAACUCAAUUUUGAAUUCAGAGGAUCACUAUCAUGAAUUUUUUAAAAUGAUACAAACAUCUAUAGCAGGAAAUAUUUGCAGAUCUCCAAUUGCUGAAGCAAUAUUGGAUAAUCUUACAAAGGAGAAAAAUGUUUCAGAUCAAUGGCUGAUUGAUAGUGCUGCUACAGGAGACUGGCAUAUUGGAAAAAGACCUGAUAAAAGAGCAUUAGCUUGCUUAAAAAAACAUGGUAUAGAAACAAGUCAUAAGGCAAGACAGCUCUGUAGCGAUGACUUCGAUAAUUUUGAUUAUAUAUUUGGCAUGGAUCACAACAACAUCGAAGAUAUAAAAGAUUUUGCACCUAAUUCUCACUCAGCUAAAAUUGAAUUACUUGGAAAAUACGAUCCGAAAGGGGAAUUGAUAAUACGAGAUCCAUAUUUUGAUGAUGGAUCUGAAGGAUUUGACACUGUCUAUGAACAAUGUUUAAGGUGUUGCAAAGCAUUUUUAGAGAAGCAAUAAAAGGUCAACAAAUCACUUAAACCUUUUAUUUAUCAGAAUUAUGAUUUGAUUUUCUUUUCUU